ACAGCUCUUGUUGUCCGGUAUAUCACAAGGCGGUUCAUAGGUGAUUAUGACCCCACGUUAGAAACAAUCUACAAGUGCAGUACGUACGUGGAUGGAGACGAACUGCAGUUUGAGAUCCUGGACACAGCAGGACAGGACGACAAAGCGAUGACCUUGGAGGACAAGAUUCGCUGGGGGGACUGUUUCAUCAUUGUCUACUCCAUCACGGACAAGUGCAGCUUCGACGAAAUCACCAGAAUCAAGUUCCUCAUAAACCACGUUCACGGCCUCCAAAACGACCGGAAGUUCGGCUCCUCCAACGACCGGAAGUUCGAACCUCCCGUCAUGCUUGUCGGCAACAAGAAGGAUCUCCUAUUGGACAGAAUGGUGAAAUCUCAGGAAGGAGAAAACAUGGCGAAAAUGUUGGGUUGCAUGUUCUUCGAGGUUUCUACAAGAGAGUCGUACGGGGAGGUUAGAAUGGCACUGGACAGUCUAGCCAGGGAGUGUAAGAGGAGGUUUAGGUCGUCUGCGUCGCCUGGCAACCUGAGGAGAAGAAUCAGCUCCGGUCGUCUGUUUUCCUCAGACAAGAAAAAGUCGUCUGAUCGGAGAUUCAGUGUGGACGUUGUGAACGAAACGCCCAGAACGACCAGACGGGCGGCAAUAUACACCGAAUAGAGACAUUUAUAAUCACUGAAACAAAUAUGUAUAUAUAUCAUAAUCGCGUCCGCUUAUUUAUUUGCUAUAGAAAUAUAUCUUUCGUAGUACAUGGGGUAGCAUGAUAUUGGCAAGUUCGCAUGCAAAGAAGUUCAAUCAGAUUGAAUCUCUUUGGUACAUGUAAAAAAAAGUUGUCGAUACAAAAUUUGUAAUGUCUCUCUUUACUAAAUUAUAAUCAAGUCACUAUCAAUGUGAAUAUGGCAAAUUCUUUAUUUCGAUGUAAUUGAGUACAGCAUUCUAAAAAGCAAUUUCAAAAAUCUUGAUAUUUGUGUAUAUAAUAUACCAAUAUAUUAUCCUGACAGUUUGUAAUAUAGUGCGUUGUAAAGUAUUUGCAAAAUAUUUGUAUAGUAAAUGAUAACAGUACGGCCAAAAGAUAGUAUCCACCAAACAGCUAAUAGGGCUUAGAAAAUAGUAAAAAUUUAUCAAACAAG